GCUUAAGAAGAUAAACAAAUAAUUGUUGAAAGCAAAGUACUACACUGGCUUUCAAACUGUGUUAAUUUAUAAUUAGAAAAAGAAUAUACCAAAAUGUCACCAAAUUUAACAGUGUUUACAUUUGUGUUCACGAUCCUUUGUGCACUGGCGAAUUCGAAAUUCUCCUAUGAACGCGGCAAUUGUGAUAUUUUAGUAUCGAGCGCUAUACGCGAGAUUUUAACGAAUGAAAUGCGCGCACAGCUGGAUCCUUCGUGGCGUGCGUCGCGCAUCAAACGCAUACGUUACGAGCUCUACACGCCACAGAAUCCUUAUAAGGCGCAAGUAUUGCAGUCAGGCGAUGCUAAUGUGCUGCGUGCGUCGUUUUUCAAUGCAAAAUUGCCGGUUAGAAUCUCUAUACACGGUUGGACCGGCAAGAGUACUUCCUGUUCGAAUGCAGCUAUCAAGGAUGCCUACUUAGCGGCGGGCAAAUUCAAUGUAAUAAUGCUCGAUUGGAGUGCCAUAUCGAUGGAUAUUAGCUAUGGACGCAUUAGCCGUCAAUUGCAUGAAAUCGCCACAAAUUUGCUAGAAUUCACACAAUUUUUACAUUUAGUAAGUGGCGUCCCCUACGAAAGCAUUUAUUUGGUGGGUCAUAGCGCCGGCGCGCAUAUAGCUGGCCUAGCGGGUAAACAAUUGCGACCAGAACGUUACGGCGCCAUCUAUGCGCUCGACCCGGCCGGCCUUGUACAGUUGCCGCUCGGCGAAGAUAAACGUUUGGCACCGAACGAUGCCAUCUACACGGAAUCCAUACACACGGACAUCGCGCUGCUGGGCAAUCCAAGCACGAAACUUACACAGGCGGCAUUCUUUGUCAAUUGGGGUCUAGGCCAGCCACACUGUCCGAAUGCGACUGCAGCUGAAUUUGAUUUCGCAUGCGAUCAUUUUGCGGCCUUGUAUUACUUUGCGGAAUCGUUGCGACAGCCACGCGCCUUCGGUGCCACACAGUGCAGACGAUGCAACGGCCGCGGUCUGUUCAGCAAUAGUCGUAUUCUGCUGGACGAAUGGGAUUGUGGCUGCACAAAUGCCGCCAAGACAGGUGAAUGCCCGAUGACCGUAUUUAUGGGAGGUGAACCGGCUGUGCCAAAAAACGGCACCUUCUAUCUGAGCACGCGUUCUAAGCCGCAGCCAUUUGGCUACGGCGAAACGGUGCGCAUUAAACGCGCUGGGCCGGCCAAAUACUUGCACAGCAGUUUUUUGAGUAAUAAAUUCGUCGGCAAUCUGUUGAUGAAAUGGCACAACUCAGCGUAAUGGCGAGCAAGUAGUAAGCAAAGUCAGCGGCAGGCAAUAGAUUGCUAGUGAUAUGUAUGCAAAAGGUGUUUGUGUGUAGUAGUCAGUUAGUAGAGUUAACAUGCCACGGCAAGAACUAUGAGUGGAUUGCGUGCAUAAGAAUCAUAAGUACAUAUGUAUAUAUUAAGUUGUUUAGAAGAAUAAAAACAAAUAACGGUAAAAAUUGCAUUGAGAAUGGCA